CCCAUGGAGAUCAAAUGUGUGACAUCAAAGCCAAGAGAAAGUUCUGUGAUUCCUCAUAGUGGCUGGAUAGUGAGGAAUGCCACAGACACCUGGCACCGUAUGGAAAAGAACUUGACCUGUGUGGAGGUCCUCCAGGUUGUCCCUGAGACCCUGAAGAUUUCAAGCACCAGCAUCAAACUGAACUGGACCUGCAUGCUCCCUGACAUGUGCCAGAAUAUUCGGGCCAGGUGCCGGCUGGAGCGGCGUUCCUCCCCAAACUGUGAGGCUGAGGAGGUGAAGGGAGAGGAGAUACUACAAGGCCAGGAGGGAACUUUCAUCUGCUCCCCUCUGCAGCCCUUCACUGUCUACAGUGUCACCAUCUCCCUGCUGCCUAGCACAAUCUUGUACACACGGCUCCUCAGCACAAAGGAAAUGGUGCCAGACAAACUGGAGAAGCUGUGGAUGGAUGUCAGCACGGGGUCCCUGAGGUGGAAGGCACUGCCCUCCUGCAAAGGGGAGAUCACUGGAUACCAGCUGAACAUCACCACCAUGAGAGCAGCGGACGGCAGCUUCCUCGAAUUCAGUCAGGUGUUGGUGAACCAGUCUGUCUUUGAGUAUGUGCCACCUCAUCAGACAGCUGGCAGCAAAUACCUGGUGACAGUGCAGGGCCUGACGGCAGCUGGGGCUGGGGCUGCAUCACAGCUGGAAUUCCAAACCUACGUCCAGGUUUCAGGGCAGCCUCCAGGCCCUUGGCCUGUGUCAGCAGUCAUUGUAGUGGUGCUGGUGGUGGUGCUGUUGAUCCCCUUGUCUGCUGGGAUCCUCUGGUUCGUGUUCUACAGAAAAAGGAAGGCCUUGCCCAGCACGGCCGAGGAGGAUCACUACACAGAGCUCCAGCCAUAUGAGAAUGGGGAUAAUUACUGCGUGAUCAAGACUUUUCUUGAGAAAGAUGCAGGAGAGCCAGAGCAGUGAGGAAGAAGAGCAGCUGGAGUAGACAUCUGAGGCUCAGUGGUGAUGGCACUUCCCUUCUCGAGGCUUGGUCUUCCACCAGCAGAAGCAGUGAAUCAUCUCACGCGUUAUUGCUUCCCCCCAGAUUUUCUCCUUCAUCAGACUCCAGAAUCCUCUGUCACAGCACAGGAGCAGCCCAAGGCAUGGGAUGACCUGCUUGUGCCAGCAAGAAUAUGUCCUGGUAGUUCUGCAGUGCUCUGCCAUAGCCAUCUCACCAGCACCUUAGUGCCUGCAAAUGUCCUCUGAGAAUGAAGGAGCUCACAACUCCUCUUUUCACCCUGUGUCGUUGUAUCCAUCUAGACCCUGUCCUCUGCAUGAGUUUAGCCUAGCUGUGCUGCCCUGGCCACUGUGCUGCUGUGUCUGAAACAACCAAUAAAUUGUUCUGGUUUGCAGGGGCUGC